AUGGAGGAUGAGUGUUGUGUAGAGAAUAAGCAAUCAACAGCUGCUGGUUCUUGCUCCUCUGUAUCUGAAGGCAGUGGUGGUAGUAGUUUCCUCAAGUCACCUGCUGCUGUUGCAAGUCCUCCCAUUGUAUCUCCAACUCAGAGGAGGAUGAGUGGCCCUAUAAGGAGAGCCAAAGGUGGCUGGACUCCAGAAGAGGAUGAGACUUUGAGACAAGCAGUUGUUAAGUUUAAUGGCAAGAGCUGGAAGAAAAUAGCGGAGUUCUUCCCUGAUAGAACUGAAGUUCAGUGCCUGCACCGUUGGCAGAAAGUUUUGAAUCCGGAUCUUAUUAAGGGACCUUGGACGCAAGAGGAGGAUGAGAAGAUCAUUGAACUUGUUGAGAAAUAUGGCCCUACGAAAUGGUCUAUUAUCUCAAACUCUUUACCAGGUCGAAUUGGGAAGCAAUGUAGAGAGAGAUGGCACAACCAUUUGAAUCCUGGCAUCAACAGAGAUGCUUGGACCCCAGAGGAAGAGUUAGCUCUCAUGAAUGCUCAUCGAGUCCACGGAAACAAAUGGGCUGAGAUUGCUAAGGUCUUACCCGGCAGAACCGACAAUUCGAUAAAGAACCAUUGGAACAGUUCACUGAAGAAGAAGUCAGAGUUUUUCUUAGCUAACGGUAGCUUACCACCGGCAACAGCAAUGAACGGUGUUCCAUCGUGUUUUCAGAGAAGGGUUGCUGUUCCAGUUGCUCAAACCUCUUCGGUAACUACACAGAUAAACAAGCCUGAUGAAGAAAGAAAAGACCAGUUAAACUCUUCUCUUCCUCUUGAAGAAGUAGCUGCUGCUUCACCAAUGGCCGGUUUUGAAGAGUACGUUCGUUCUUCUCAGUUGCCUAAACCAGAGCCAUCGCCGGAGAGUGGUUAUCAGCCUCAAACAGAGGAUUACAUGGCGUCAGAAGCAGAUAAGCAGCGAAUGUAUGGUUAUGAAUGUGGCUGCAGUCCAAGCGCAUCAUCACCUGUUAUCUUCUUCACACCACCACCUCCUUGUAGAAAAGAGUAUAGCAACGGUUCAACUCCAAGGAGUCCUGAGUCUUUCUUGAGAGAAGCUGCUAGAACUUUCCCAAACACACCUUCUAUUUUCAGGAAAAGACGACGCAAGGUUGUUGUUGUUGUUGAGGAUAACAACAAAACAGAUGAAGAAGCGAAGGAGGUUGUUGUUGAUGAAAAGGUGAAUGGUAUCUCAGAGAGGGCUGAUUGUGAAGAAGAGAAGCAAAAUAAUGGAUCAGAUGCUUAUAAUUUAUCUCCUCCAUACCGGAUAAGAUCGAAAAGAACAGCUGUUUUUAAGUCAAGACAGCUUGAGUUCAUCUCUCCAGAGGAAGAGAUGGUUGAUGAUGAAACUAAAUCAUCUGAGAAAGAUAAGUUGCUUGAUGGAGGAGAUUCUCAAGUCUCAGGACAAGAAAUAUGA